CCAAAGUUUAUGUUUCUCAUCGCAACCUAAAACCCAUGCUCAUUUUACCUUUGAUCCCGAACCCCAAUUCCACUUUUCCUUCUCCAGAAUCCAGACUGGUACCAAAAGAUUUACACGUCGGAGGAACUCGAAAAACCCUAGAUUGGGAAAAUGUCGAUGUCCAAGAGCUCCAAGAUGCUUCAGUACAUCAACUAUCGGAUGCGGGUUACCAUCCAGGACGGCCGCCAGCUGGUCGGAAAGUUCAUGGCCUUCGACCGCCACAUGAAUCUCGUCCUCGGAGACUGCGAGGAGUUCCGCAAGCUCCCACCCGCCAAGGGCAAGAAGAACAACGAGGAGCGAGAGGACCGCCGCACUCUAGGCCUUGUUCUCCUCCGUGGUGAAGAGGUUAUUUCGAUGACCGUUGAGGGUCCUCCUCCUCCUGAAGAAUCUCGAGCUAAGGCUGUUUCUGCUCAUGCCGUUCCUGGUCCCGGCAUUGGCCGAGCAGCUGGCCGUGGGAUUCCCACUGCUCCUCUCGUUCAGGCACAGCCUGGCCUUGCUGGUCCUGUCCGUGGCGUUGGUGGGCCUGCACCCGGCAUGAUGCAGCCGCAGCUCUCGCGUCCUCCGGUCCCACAACUUUCUGCUCCGCCUAUGACUUACCCUGCAGCAGCGGCUCCACCGGCUGGUGCCGCCCCCGUCUUACGUCCACCUGGCCAGAUGCCUCCUCCUGCUUAUCCUGGUCAAGCUCCUCCAAUGGGUCGGGGUCCACCUCCACCGCUGCCACCUCAGUUUGCCGGUAGGCCACCGCAACAGGGUUUCCCAAUGCCACCCCAGUUUGCGCAGAGACCAAUGGGAAUGCCGCCUCAGCAACAGGCACCAAUGAUGAGAGGGCCUCCUGCUCCACCAAGACCUGGAAUGCAACCCCCACCUCCUCGCCCUGGAAUGCCUCCUCCGCCUGGUGGUGUUCCUGUUUAUGGACCUCCCCGUCCUGGUAUGCCACCUCCACUCAAUCCCCAACAGCAGCAGCAGAAUCAGCAGCAACAGUGAUUAGGCUUUCGGGGUGUUCCUUGAGAUCGACGCUAGGAACCGGUCUUUUCAGAGUUUGGUGGAGCAGCGCAUAGCUGAGGAGCGCCGUGAUGAAAACAUUGUUGCCACUGGUGAGGCCCGCGGACAAAUCAUUGAAUUCAAAAGGGUUAUUGACGACCUCACCAAGCAAUUGGGGGAGAUGAGGGUAGAGGUUGCCCAGGCCUUCCAACGAGUUUCUGCGGCUGAGUCUCAGUGAGACGAGGCCUUAGCACAACUGUCCUCUUUAGAGGAGUCCUGCUGUCAAUGUGAUGAGGCCAAGGCUCAGCGUGAUGAGGCCUUAGCUCGCACGGUGUCUUCCAGCAGGAGUUCAGUAAGCACAUCGAGGAUCUAAACGGCAUGGUUUUGGCAGCGGAAGAGUCUCAUCUCCAGCAACAACUCUGUCAAAAGGUCACUGCUUUGGAGAAGAGGUGUUCCGCAUUAUUGAGGGAUGCCCGGACCAUAGAGGAUAGGGUCCAGCAGGCUUGUGAGGAGCGCUUGCGGGAGUAUAAGGACUCUGCCGAGCUAAAAGCCAAGAUUCAACAGGCUUGCGAAGCGCAAUUUGAAGAGUACAAGGCCUCGGAGGAGAUGAAAGAAAAAAUAUACAAGGAGGCCUUCUGCAUGUUCACUUCGAACUACAAUCAAGGCCUUAAAGCAGCUAGGGAUGCCUCUUACUCCGUUGGCAAACCUAUGAGCUCCUAAAGUGGUCUUUGAUGGCAAGGAGUUGUGCUACAGAACAGACAACUGCCUAAAAAGGCUCCUUGCUUGCCUUCUGGAUCUCAAGGGGAAGACACUGUAAAUAAGCUUUUAAAUGACUUAGUUUUGGUUCCUCCUCUCCUGCUGCCUCUGUAAUUCAUUCCAACAAUUAAUAAAAAUUUAUAUUUCAUUA